UUUUGACCUUCAUCUUCAUCGGUUGAAGUGUCUUUAGAUUUAAAAGCCCUGAAAACAUUGAGGGAUCGAGUAGUGCUUAGUUUUGAUCACGCACUAAGUACGACUGGGCGAGCUGGUCCGAACGACUUGAAGCACUGUCAGCACACACGUUGGCACGGGGCCGGGAAACUUCUUUAUUUUGCGACAUAUAUUCUUAGCAUCUCAUACUAGAUCAAGGCCUCUUCAGAAAAGACCAAGAAAGCACAGGUACGUUUUUAAUCCUUGCACUAACUUUGAUCACGGUACUGAAUUUGGAAAAGCUACACAACAAUUCUUUAUAAAAAUAAGAUGACAGGAACAGUUUUAGGAGGCCUUGUGGGAUUUUAAGAUUUUACUUGCCACUGAUACAAUCACAAUCAGUUUAGUCUCAUCUGUGCUCCAUUUUAAAUGCUUGGUAAGCUAUAAGUAAUACAUGACUGUUCGAUGUUUAAAGUAUUCAUAAUUGUCCGACGUACCUUCGGGAGCGGUUUCAUAGGACCUCUGAAAUUCAUGACUAUAAUUUGAGGGGUUCUAACCAUGAUCUCCAACUACCACUACCUAAAAAAAAAUUUUCUUAAGGGUUCAUUUUCUUAUCGGGAUACAAUGGCUUGGAACCAACUGUCAAAUCAAACGCGUGAGAUAGGGGAUCUUACUAGCUUUAAACUCGCGAUAUCCUAGGAUAUACGUAACUUUUUAUUAUGUUUUUUAUCGUAUUUCUUUAAUGACUCAUUUCUUGUUAUUACAUUGUAUUUCAAAUUAUUACUAUUUUUUACUAGUAUUAUUAGUCUCGCUUACCAUACAAACUAGAUAGUCACGUUUAUGAGAGUCGAUAGGAACAGAUAAAAUUGUCAAUUCUUGUGCUAAUUAUUGUUAGUUAAUCACUAGUCUUAAUUUUUAUAACUUGUAAUUAUCACACGGCAUGUCUGAAGACCAGCUUGCUGAGCCAUUUACCCUGUUUAAACUGAAGUUGAGUGAUUUAUUGAUGGAUUGUUCAUUUGUUCAUUUGGCCUAUUUCGCCUUUUUGUAAAGUAUACUUGUUUACGCGUGAAAUAUUUAGGCACAUGUGUAAUCUUCGCUGCACUUUUCGGGAGAUGGUCUGAGUUGAACUGUGACUAAUGAUCUGGUGAUACUGUUAAAUCUCUUUACUUUUAGAUUAAACAAUGGAUGCAAAGUUCGUUAUGGUUUUCCUGAUGGCGGUCGUUUUUGUGUGCACAGAUGCUUUACCUGCAAAGCUAUUUUACAGAAAAGGUACUGUAAGCACUUUUAAAAAUCUCUAAAUGAACUUCGACUUUUGCAGGCUACAAUUCUUAAUUUGCUUUGCUUUAAACGUCUCGAAUACGCAUGUCCCUUUCGAAAUCAGAAUAAGUACAAAAGAAUCACUACUCCAUUGGCAAAUACCCAUAAAAAGUAUUUUUAGGAUGUACGUCAAUUACCUCUAUACUCCUGCGAGUAAAGAAGGAGAAGUUUUUACUAUGAUUAGAAACCUAUGCUGAGUAAAUGUGUAAUUGCAAAUUAUACUGACUUUUAAGGGCGUUGAAAUCUUGUUCGGUACUUGACUAAUGUCCAGUUCUUUCCCCUUCUAAAUUUAAAAUCCGUGAAUUUUUGGUUUGAGUCGGCUACUUGACAAAGUGAGGGCGGAAUUAGUUUGAGAUAUCUCGAGAUCACUCCGAUUUGUUGAGGAAGAAAUAAUUAUUAUUUUUGGCUUGCCCGGGGUUUGGACGGACUUAACCCGCGACCCGUCGAAUCAUGUGGUUUCACGUGAAAAUUAGCUAUAAAUAAAUAUAGUACACAAGUGGGUCAGUUUCGUGCGCGAAGUGGAAGAAAAGGGUCGACAAAAAUGAUCGCUUAGUUCAAUUGGACAUGCUUGGAACGAUGAAAUGGUUUAAAAGAAGCAAGUGGUAAAAAAUACUUGGUUUGCAGCUAUCUUAUCCGAAUAUGGAAAAAUAGUAUUUUUGAAGAAUCUUGCAAAACUUUGAGUUGUUCCCGAAAGGUUUUGAUCGGAAAGAUAAUCGUUAGAAUAUGAAAUAAAGUGUUUACUUUGUAUCCAUACCCGCGGAGCAGCCAUCAGUCAUUGAGAACGUCUACCGUACCGUUUGCAUUACAGCUUUUUCAAAGGCAAAGGCCAGAGUUUAACCUGUGUCCUUUUUAUUUGAUGUUAUUAUCUAUUUUAAUGUCGUGUUUCAAAAUUUCCCCUUGAUUGAGGUCUUAAUUAUAAAUUGAUGUUUUUGAACUGUUUUAUGGUGAAUUUAAAACUACAAAAAGGUUGCACAACUACGUUCUGUCUUUGUUGACAAUGUAACGGUGUUUAAUAUUAUACGAAAUUAUGGCGAAGCAUCUUCAUCAUUUUAGGACAACACAGGGAUACUUUUCAGUUUGGAAGAAGGUUGUUUUUCCAAGAAAAUUUUUAAAAUUAAUAAAAGGAGAGAUUUUUUAGAUAAUUGAAGACAAAUCUCGCGAAAGUGAUUGGAAUUGAUGGUUUGGCUAAUGAUAGUUUGAGCAAUUUUGUCCGCUUUUGUUCAGAUGUCGAGUGCCAUCCCAGUGCCAUAGGAGAUGUCAGCACUUGACAAAUGUUUUUGGGGGUAUGGGUACCCUUGGAAUUGACUGAGCCAUUAUGAUGACGAUGCAACCAGGACAGGAUAGGUUGCUCCCGGUCCAUAACAUUUCUUGUUAAUCAUGCGUGUUCGCUAUUCGGUGAGCAGCCAGUUUACGUUGGGAAUUCCGCGGAAAAAUUCGAGCUAUUUACAUAUUAAGCAACGUCCACUAUGGCUCCUCGUCUCCUUUUUCACCCAUUUCAAUCAACACUGAACAAUUAACAACAUUGCGGCACUCCCUCGUGCCCGUGACACAAAAAAUCCUCACAUACGGGUGAUAUAACAACGCUUUAAGUGUUUACAAAACAAUUUGUUUGUUUGACAAGCGUAAACCCCUAUGUGACAAAAGCCAAAGAAUCGUAAAUUAUUUCCUUCUGCAUUUUUUGUCCUGUGAAAUCCUGGUGCAAGUUCGUCGAUUUUAGGCGCGCAACUCGCUGCCUAGCUUUUAAGAAAACAGCCGACAUUUUGCGACAUCACCACUCAGGUUUCCCCGCGAAAUGAAGUCUGGAAAACGAGCACAGAAAUUCCUUCAAAGAGACUGGUAACUACUCCUCACGUCAUUCCACUUUUUUUUCUGAUGCAGACGAAACUGGGAAGGACGCGGACCCAAGAAGGCUCACUAGAAUUGGUGGUGAACCAUGUUCCUGUAUUCCUAGUGGUGAGAUAGGGACUUUGUGGUGGCCGACUUGUCCAUCUGGUUGGGAUGUAUGCCUUUCGGCUUUACCGUUUGGAGAAUGCUGUAUUAAGCGGCUGUAGAAAUUGAUUUCAAUAAGGUCGUGCAGUCUGGACAAGUAAUUUUAUAACAGAUGACGACACAUCGGGAAAAAAUUAAACCGCUAACAUUGCUUAACGUAAAAUUUUGUUCAAACGAAUAAGAGGAUGAACUAAUUACGUCUUGGAUUAUUUCCGUGUAUUAAAAUAAUAACUAAUAAUUAAAAAAGAACUUUUUAAACAUUGACACAAGUUGUAUUUCUUUCAAUUUCGCAUUGCAGUAGUGGUUAUGCUACUAAAUGAAAUCAACAUUGUUAAAUCAAACAUUUUGAAUUCACCAUUUGCACUACUCUUAUGUUCGCUUCCCCCCCCCACCCCCUCCCCCCAGAAAAAAAAUGCAUAAACUGUGUUUUUCAUUUCCCCUGGGUGUUUCAGUCUAGGACGGUUAAUGUUUUCCAAGCGUUAUAUCAAACUUCACAAACAAUAAAAAUGAACUUUGAAAAAACUGUUAGGCUUUAGAACAAGGUUUUUAAAAGCUAAAUUGCAAUCCGUUUCAAUCUCCUUCAAGUCUGUCCAUCCGUGCCCUCUUUUCAGGGGAAAUCCGAUGGAUCUGUUCGUCAAAAAUGUCCGUAUUUGAGGCAAUUUUUGCUGGGUGGGAGAUGUGGAAGAAAUAAUAUGUUCUUGGAAGGAAAGUGUUGCUGGGAAAAAGAUAAUUCAGAGUGUCUGAGGGGACUUGAUGUCUAGAAUAUCUUCUAUGUAUUAUGUGUCAGAAACCUCCCCCACCCGCCCCCUUCCCACCACUGAAGGUCUAAAUUUUGCCCUUAGGCCACACCCAAACUGGCCAGUAAUAUUUGGACAUACGUCUGCUGGGAAACUUCCCAAUAAGUCAGGUUGUAGGUUGUAGGUGCACCUUGCUGGCUGGGAACUCUUCUAUCAGUCUUGCUGGGAGUUGAGGAACAAAUGCAUUUUCCCAGCAGUCUCCGAAAAUGCUUAAAAUAGCUUCAGAAAGCUUUAUACCAUGUUGUUGUUGGUUUUAGGCCUUUUUCUCAAAAUUUCCCGUUGGGUGCCCCUGUCUUUUGUGUUUGCUGUCGUGUUAUUCAUAAAGGCCUUCGUUUUAUGUUACGAUCGGUUAUUUUCAUGCUUCUUUCAGUUUGGUGGCCAUUCCCACCGUUUGAAUUUUGUUAAAUUUCUUGACACAGCCCUUUACAGCUGUUUCGGAUAACACGCGACCUGCGUUGUCCAAAACGUUUCAGGACUUGGGUGUUUCUUCGAGGUCAGUUAAACCGUUACCAUAGCAGGCGCGGAUCCACACCGGGUUCCACCGUUUUACGAAAAUCGGUCAGAGUUGUCAUAAAGAAAUAAAUUUUUCAUGAAAAAAAGUUUCCAAGUUCAAAUCCGGCCAAUAUCCUGACUGAAUGACUCAGAAAACCAGGAAAGGUGACUUCAGGGAGUAGAAAUCUAAGAAAUUUCACGGGGGUGCAUGCCCCAGGACCCCCCUAGAGGCUUACGCCUUCGGCUCUCGUUUAGGAAAACGGUCAGUAUUUAUCCUAGAUCUGCCCCUGCAUAGAUGGUUUUCACGGUGACCUGGUCAAAUUGUAAAGUCAAAAUAGCGAGGUUUUACGAAUUCUUAUUUAAAACAGGCUGAAGAUAAACAAAAAGUAAAUCUUUGUAAAAGGUUCCAUUCCCGUAGCAUGUUUCAUUUCGAAAAUACAGCAAUUUGAACUUUCGAGUUUUACAGUGCGUGACACCGAAAAAGAAAUGCUGUCUCGUUAAAAAAAAGUCUCUCUAUCUUGAUUUUCAGCAGUAUAACCAUUUCAAGUAUUAGAAGAUAUGUUUAUGCGCACGUAUGCUAGUUCUCGAGUGAAAAGAAAGAGCUUUUAUAGAAGAAUUGAACUCCAGAUGUUCCAAAACGGUACACCAAUAUGGCGUCUCCAUACAGUAUUAGUACUAAAUACAAACAUCGAUUCUUGGAAGUAUUUCUGCUAAACAUCCCACGCAAAGCUAGCUUCCACCAGGAUCCCAUAAAGCUUCCGCUUAUACCCAAAAGUCAAUGAAAAUGCAGAAAUUUAUUUUGGUACUCAAUUUCCGUUAGGAAAGGCAUAGCCAGUCAAAAAUAUCGAUGAAAUUGAUGUCCCCAGAGUGUUCCCGGCGUUGCCCCGCCGACCAAAAAGCCUGAAGACUCUGGGUACGAGAUUGCAGGUUGUCCGAAACAGCUGUAAUGGAACUUUUCCUGUUUCCACUCCAAUGAGCACACAUGACGAAUUGGGGUCGAGGCUUGGGCGAACAAUAGACCUUCCUCACGAUACCUGCCAUCUCAGCAAGCGCGUUAGGAUUGAUGGGAUAAAAGCAAUGUCGAGUGGUAUUUUAGGAGGCAAACAGGUCACCCUCUUCCCCAGGGUCUUCUCGCUUUCCAAUAUGGCGGCGGUAGGAGAGAAGUUUGCUGGAAAAAAUGUACCCGUUCCUCACUCCCAGCAAGACUGAUGGAAGAGUUCUCAGCCAGCGAGGUGCACCUACAACCUACAUCCUGACUUUCUGGGAAGUUUCCCAGCAGACGUAUAUGUCCAAACAUUACUCGCCAGAAUGGGUGUGGGCUAAGGGCAAAAUUCAGACCUUCAAUGGAAGGGGGGGGAGUAGCAGCCAUAUAACAGCUGUUCUAGACAUCAAAUCCCCUCAGACACCCUCAGUUGAGUUGAUUCGACGGUCGGUUUUUGUACACCACCAACAACAAGGUAGUCUAUAAGCCUAGACUGCGUGGACGCGGAUCCAGAGCCCAUUAUUUGAAUUUUAACCACCGAUUAAAGCCAGCAAGACUGUUUCAGUUACAAAAACUCCGUGACUGGCUAAAGUGUCACCAAGUCCGACCUAAACAACUAUCGGCCUAUAUCUGUUAUUCCUAACGUAGCCAAAAUUUUCGAAAAAUUAUCUAUUACCAGCUAUAUCAAUAUCUGAAUGAAAAUAGUUUAUAAAACAGCGGCCAGUCUGGUUUCCGCUCUCUACACAGCACUCUUACUGACUUGUUGGAGACAAAAGAUAGCUGGUGUGCAAUGUUGAUAGAGAUCUUCUUAAUGGUGUAAUCUUUAUUGAUUUGAAGAAGGGCUUCGACACUAUUGACCACGAGAUAAUUCUAAAAAAACUUACAAAGUAUGGCGUUGAUCAAGACGCCCUGAAAUGGUUUAAAUCUUACCUAACUAACAGUAUGCAAAGGUGUAAUGUAAACAAUCAUCUAUCUAGCGCGAGCCUUCUAAAUUUUGGCGUACCUCAAGGGUCAAUAAUCGGUCCUCUUUUUUCUUGAUCUAUAUAAAUGAUCUACCAAAUUAUUUGAAUGUGGGCUCUCCUAGAAUGUAUGCCGACGACACUAAUGUUAACCUGAUGUUUUUAACCGUGUAUAAAUAAAGUUAUCAUUCAUUCAUUCAUUUCCAGCUAUUUCCAGGGCUAAUCAAUGCAUAAAAAUCGAGUCGACUGUUGCACAGUGAGCACCGGCAGGCGUGAGUAUUUUCCGCACUGUUUUAUUCCUCACGCGCGAUAACUUGUACCCCGCAUGUUGUGACGUCACGAUCAAUUCGUGCAUAAAUAUUUCAUUCAUCCAUUCACUCACUUUUACCUCACUUUUCACACCAGAUGUACGCUGUCUUGCUUCAAUAACUAAACCAGCUUACAGACGAUAAACACAAUGUUAAUUUAGUUUUCUGAAAAUUUUUUUUUUUUCAGAAAACAUCAGAGCUGUGUCACGAUAUUUGUGUCACUGAAUGGCAAACGAAGGGAACCGCCACCAAAAAAAACUCCCCAAAAAUAUUUGUGCUCAAAACACUACAAAAAAAGUUUAAAUAAUACAUUAAAUACAAACGGAGGAACGGAUGGACAAACUUUAGGAAGGCUGAAACGGAUUAAAACCACUGAUCAGAGCGCCGCGAUCAAACCACCUGAAUUGUAAGUUCUCGGCUCCUUCGAUUCAAUCCAUGGUUAAAGUUCCUUGUAAUUGUUACUACGAUGUUUACCAUAAAAAAUGAAGUGUGUUUUCUUAAAAUUUGCAGCCAGUACGCGAAGCGCAAAAUAAACAAUACAGUUCGGGUUUGUUCGUUUCAAACCUCGUCUGUUCGGCACUUGCCUCACCCCUCACUACUGCGUCGUCCGUUUCGCCAGUCAACUAACACUCCUACCCACCCCCUAAGGUGAAAUUGCUCCUUCCUUCGGUCCCGCCGAAAAUUCAAAUCUCACGGAAAGAAGCAAUCGGUAAUGUUGAAAUUUGCCGCGCGAAAAAGCUAUUGUUUCACGUUGAUCGUUUUUGUCCUUAAAAGGCAAGAAACGAUAAAAAAUAACAAUACAAAACAAUACCUAUUGUUCUCGAAUUCAGGUCGCUUUUCUUGAUACGUUUGAAAACUUGUAAGCCUAAAUUUGUAAGCCCAAUUUUAGAAUGCGCUGUCCCCGUAUGGAAAAGCAUACCUGAAUUUCUGGCUUCUAAUAUCAAACGCAUUCAAAAGGGGUUAUGCGUAUCAUUUUUCCUACGUACGAUUACAAUGAGGCUUUAUCUGCACUUUCUCUCACGACAUUAAAUGAGAGACGCGAGUCUACCUGUGUCAGGUCCACGUUGCGAGAUUACAGAACAAAAACCACCCGUUAUACUUUAUUCUUCCUAAACUGGAGGAAGUUCAUUAUAAUUAACAUCUGAAGUCAGCGGCUAGCUACCGCUUACGCCCAAUUUGUAACACCAAGAAAACUCAAGAUAUUAUUACUUUUCAGUAUUAAAUGUCGUUAGUUCGUAAUUUUUUAAGUAGCUUUGCGAUUUAUUUUCUAUUUUUGUACAUAUUAUAAUAUGAUUGUAGGUAGCUCUGUAAUUCACCCUUAUAUGUGCAAUGUCAGUAUUGCUGCAAUGAGUUUCUUUAAUAAGCAGUCAUUAUCAUAUAAGGGAGCUAGGCCAAACAUGCGAGCCCCAAAUUGAUGAGUUAUCCACCGCGAUUCAUUAGGAAAAAUACGAUCCUAAAAUUUUGUAGAAAAUGCUAGAUAAAAGUCAAUGACGCUAAGAAAACGUAAGGACUUAAUAUUUGCAGAAACGUUGUGCAUACUUUACAAAGAUAAAAUUUAUGACUGUCCAACGUGAUGGACACCAGUUGUUAGCCUGUACAAUGAGAAUUCUUCCAACAAACAAACAACGGCAAAUAUCAGUCAUAAGCAUUAGAAUGCCUCAUUUCCCAGGAAACAUUUGCCUUUUCAGUUGCAUCAUAAACUUCCCGUAUUUCCGAGAAUAUCACAUGGCACGAAUUAAAGACACCUUUGUUCCUAAGAAAACAUCAUAUGUAGUAUUCCAUUCAGCCAAUAAGAACACGCUGGGGCCGGCACGCCCGGUGUUAAGGCGAAGUCUAGCUCGCGCGAAUCACGUUUCCGUAAAGGUGGGGGCGCGGGGUUGGGGGGAGGGGGUGGGGGUACAGCAGGUUACAACGUCCUUGAGCAGUUCUUUUGAAUUAUGCGCGUGGGAGUUACCAUUUUUCGUUCUUUGAAAAUAAUACUAAAAGAGAAAGUCUUUUUUGACUUUGUUUUUUGACCUUCAUCUUCAUCGGUUGAGGUGUCUUUAGAUUUAAAAGCCCUGAAAACGUUGAGGGAUCGAGCAGUGCUUAAUAAGUUCGGCCAAAACCAGUUCUGAUCACGUACUAAUUACGAAAGAGCUUGUCGAAACGACUUGAAGCACUGUCAUAAAACAUGUUGCUCAGGGGCCGGGAAACUUCUAUAUAUUUGCGACAUAUAUUCUUAGCAUCUCAGACUAGAUCAAGGCCUCUUCAGAAAAAAACCAAGAAAGCACACAUGUAAGUUUUUAAUCCUUGCGCUACUUUUGAUCAUGGUACUGAAUUUGGGAAAGCUACACAACAUUUCUUUAUAAAAAUAAGAUGAUAGGAACAGUAUCAGGGGGCCUUGUGGGAUUUUAAGAUUUUACUUGCCAAGAUACAAUCACAAUCAGUUUAGUCUCAUCUGUGCUCCAUUUUAAAUGUUGCCUUGGUAAGCGAUAUGUCGUGAAUACACUGUUCAUUUGGAGGCAUAUGAGAAUUUCAAUAUAAUUUACAAGUUUAUAGCAAGUCACAUCAGUUCAUUUGGUCUAUUUCGCCUUUUUGUAAAGUACACUUGUUUACGCGUGAAAUAAUUAAUUAGCACAUGUGUAAUCUUCGCUGCACUUUUCGGGAGAUGGUCUGAGUUGAACUGUGACUAAUGAUCUGGUGAUACUGUUAAAUCCCUUUAUUUUUAGAUUAAACAAUGGAUGCAAAGUUCGUUAUGGUUUUCCUGAUGGCGGUCGUUUUUGUGUGCACAGAUGCUUCACCCGCAAAGCUAUUUUACAGAAAAGGUAAGCCCCUAAUCUCUCAAUAAGAGAGAUAAAAAAUGUUAUGUUUUUAAAUAAAAUCGACGUACCUUAUUGCCUUGUUGUAGUCUUUGUUGUUUGCCCGCGUCUCAGGCCGUUUUGAAGCGUUUUCGGCGAGUUAGCCCUUUUUUUUGUGUCCCACUGUUUGUUCUUUUAGCAGUGGGACACCAAAAUAGCGCUAACUCGCCGAAAACGCUUCAAAACGGCCUGAGACGCGGGCAAACAACAAAGAAUACAACAAGGCAAUAAGGUGCGUCGAUUUUAUUUAAAAACAUAACAUUUUUUAUCUCUUUUAAGAAAAACCGAUCGAUCCCAUACAAGCCUUUUUAAAUAACCGUUUGUAACACAACACCGCUCGCAAGCAAGAGUCACGUCCGCGUUCAUGUAAUGAGUUUGGGCCGCCUGUGCUUUCAUGGGCCUAGAAAUCUUGUUCCGUACUUGUAAUGUCUAAUUCUUCCAACUUACAUAAUGAACGGCCUUAGUACGAGUGGUACAAGGCGCGUAGUUUACUCCUUUUUGAAGAAAGUGGAAGUUUAUUGGUGUGGAAUGGGAUGUAUUCAAGAGAGGGUGAUCUCCGUGUUUUGCUUGUUACUUGGGCGGAGCGUCAAGUAAAGGAUUCGCAACGCUCAGGAAUGUUUUAAAGUUGCUUUUUCGGGACAACAUUGUCUGUACAAAGUCUGUGAGUUUUAGGUUUCAGUGGGCUUUUUGACAUAGUGAGGGCGGAAUUAGUUAGAGAUGUCUCGAGAUCACUUCGAUUUCUUGAGGAAGAAAUAAUUAUUAUUUUUGGCCUGCCCGUGGUUUGAAGCGACUCACAUGCGACCCGUGAGAUCAGAUGAGCGUCAAAGUUGAGGGAUUAGCCAAAUGUACCACGGCGACCCCAGGCUGUUUGUAAGAUAAAAAAAGAGCUAUGAAAUUAUGCACUAGUUUUGGACAAGAUUGCACACUCAGGUUCGUGACUUUUCGGCUCGUUUAAUUCGGCUAUUUUACGAAGUGAGACCGGAAUCACUUCGACAUAUCUCGAGAUCACUUCGACUUCUUUCGGCUACAAUAAAUUUUUGAUUUCUUCGAGGAAAAACUAAUUACUUGUUUUUGUUUACCGUGGAUUUGAAUUGACUUUUAAACCCGCGAUCGACCCGUCGGAUCAGACGCCAAGAUGACGGAUUAGUCGAUUGCAUCAUCGCUACCUAACGUGAUUUACCAUGUAAAAAUUAAUAGUAAUAUCCUGCACUAGUGGGUUUCGUGCGGGAAAGUUCACGAACAACAAUUUUGCGUUUCACGAGUCACGAAACAACAUUUUCACGCUUCUCAAAAAUAGAGGUCGCACAAAAUGUCAAAAACAUUACGUUAUUCGCAUUUUGCAAAACAGAGUCCUUCGAUUAUAUUUAAGUUAACUAGAGUUUUACGAACCUUAUGAAAAACACUGCUAGGCCAUAAUUCCCUCCCUAGCUGUAGGUGGGUCUGAGGGCACUGAAGUGUGAAGAAAGUCUCGAAAGUGAAGUAAAAUCAAGCCACCAGAUGCCAGUUCAGGUCGUUUGGCUAAAUUAACGAUAUAUUUUCUUCAAUUGAUCUUCAAUCUACGUGUAAACAAUCGAGGAUUUUGACAGUUCACGCUUCGCAGAACAGUUUUUCAGUACAUCACGAUUCACGGACACCAAAAAUGAUCGAUCAUGGCGUCGUGAAAAUAAGCUUGCCUCCCCUGGGGGGCGGAGGGUACUUACUUAUAACAGGCUAAUGGGGAUGUGCCGCUGGAUGGGGUCGCAUUUUCACGUCUGCAGUCAGACUAUAAUGGGGUCGCAUUUUCAAUACAAUUACAAUUACAAUUGGUAUAAGACAGUUCUUCAUAUUUACGGUUAGCAAACGUACCAUAAUGUUUACACUGUAGGUGAGAAGUAGAGUGUUCUCCGUUUAAUAUGAGGCAGAUACGUUAAGAGAAAGUGACUAAGUUAAGUUGGGAUCGCGAAAAUUACAUAUUUGCCCAAAAGUGACUAACAUGGGGUCUAUAAUUGGCCGCAGAAUAGACUAUAAUGGAGUAGGGGCUCUGAGAGGCCAGUGCCACAAACCCAGCAAAAAUUAACCCAAGUACCCCCCGGGCUUGCCCCCCCCCCCUUAAUUAUAAGUUGCUGAUGUUUUCAAACUGUUUUAUGGUGAAUUUAAAGCCACAAAAGUUGCACAAAGACGUUUUGUCUCUGUUGACAGUUUAACGGUGUUUAACAUUAUGCGAAAUUACGGCGAAGCAUUUUCAACAUUUUAAGACAACAAAGGGGAUUCUUUUCAACUUGGAAGAAGGUCAGUUUUUGCCUAGAAAAGGAGCGAUUUUUUCGAUCAUUGGAGACAAAUCUCGCAAAAGUGACUGGAAUUGAUGAUUUGGCUAACGAGAGUUUGAGCAAUUUUGUCCGCUUUUGUUCAGAUGUCGAGUGUUAUAGGAGAUGUUAGCACUUGACAAAUGCCUUUGGGGGUAUGGGUACGCUUGGAAUUGACUGCAUGAGCCAUUAUGAUGACGAUGCAACCAUCUCUCACAACAAUGAAAACCGUAACCGUAACAGCCUGCGAGUGAGCUCUCCAUUUAAGGGAUAUCGGGAGAAGUCACGCGCGAGCGGCACGCAAAACAAGACGUGAGAGCAAGGUGCGGGGAAAGAAAAUGAGAGCUCUUCCUUUCCUUCGCCCCUCACGGAUUCGCCGCUCACUCGCAUGUUCGCUUGCCACUCGGAAGGGAUAGUUUGCUCCCGGUCCAUAACAUUUCUUGUUAAUUGUGCGCGUUCCCUAUUCGGUGAGCCAGUUUUCGUUGGGAAUUCCGACGAAAAAUUCGAACUAUCUACAUACUAAGCAACGUCCACUAUGACUCCACGUUUCCUUUUUUCACCUGUUUUAACCAACACUGAACAAUUUCCUAGUGCAUGGAACAAAAAAUCCUCACAUACGCGUGAUAUAACGACUCCCAAGGAACUCCCAAGUGUUUACAAAACAAUUUGUUUGUUUGACAAGCGUAAACACCUCGGACAAAAGUCAAAGAAUCGUAAAUUAAUUCCUUCUGCAUUCAUUGUCCUGUGAAAUCCCGGUGCAGAUUCGUCGAUUUUCGGUGCGAAACUCGCUGCCUAGCUUGAGAAAACAGCCGAUAUUUUGCGACAUCACCACUUGUUUCCCGCCAAAUGACGUCUGGGAAACCAGCACGGAAAUUCCUUCGAAGAGACUGGUAACUAUUCCUCACGCCAUUCCAUUUUUUUUUCUGUUGCAGACGAAACUGGGAAGACCGCUGACCCAAAAAGGCUCUCUAGAAUUGGUAGUAAACCAUGUCCCUGUUUUGGUGAGCGAGGGACUUACUGGUGGCCUUAUUGUCCGCCUCGUUGGGAAUUAUGCUGGUCGGCUGCACCUUUUGGAGAAUGCUGUAUUGAGCAGUGGAAUUGAUUUCCAUCAGGGCAUGGAGUCUGUCAAGUAAUUUUAUAACAGAUGACGACACAUCGGGAAAAAAUUAAACCGCUAACAUUGCUUAACGAAAAAUUUUGUUAAAACGAAUAAGAGGGUGAACCGAUUAUGUCUUGAAUUAUUUCCCCUUUUUAUAAUAAUAAUAAUAAAAAGAACUUGUUAAACAUUGACACAAGUUGUAUUCCUUUCAAUUUCGAAUUGCAGUAAAAAGUAAGUAAACUAGCGAAACAGUAACACGCGUGGUUGGUAAACCGACUGAAAGGUACGUAGAAGAAAGUGACAUUAAGCUAUGCAAACUUACAAGUCGACCAUUGUACAAGAAACGUUUUUCAGUUUCUAGCUUUAAUAACUCGAAAGAAUAAUUUAUGAGCUCGAGCAAGAGUUCUGUCUCAUAAAUUUUUCUUUGCUUUUCUUUCUUGCUCUAUUAGUAAUAAGUUUUUGCGCCCAGUUGAACUAUCAUAAGGAACUCCAUACCCAAUGUAGCUCGACGUAGUGAGUCACUGGCAUUUUUUAUUGACUUUUUAAAUGAACUUUAGAAUUAAUUGCAAUGGAGGGAUAGAUUGAUGUGUUUGUUAAAUUAGUAAAACUUUUAGAGCGAUUUUAUCUUACUCUUACUGUAGCUUUUGGCGUUAAGCAUACUUUAUUUAGAUCAGGUACGCUUGUUCAGUACGCUUAUUUUUGAAAUUUUUAGGAAGUGAAUUGUAGGGUUAGUAUAAUGAGGGACACCCCUUUUAAAAACUAGCUCUUAUGUUAAAUAGGUUGGUGUGUUUAAAUAAAUUUGAUCCUGUCCUAUCCUAGCACAGACAGAUUUUUAACGAACUUGGCUUUUUUUUCGUGUUUGAUGAUUGUUUAAUCAUGUUUGAGUCUUUUUUGGCCCAGCGACAGCUAUGAAAGUAAAAGCCAAGGAAAACAACCACCAAUUGUUACAAGGCCAAGAAAUAGAAACAUGACGACGUUAAAGAUUCUUUCAGUAUCUUUGUGUGUCACGGCUGAGGAACAGUUUCGGUCGUAGCCGUUAUUACAUUUGCAAAAACGAGGAGUUCUCGUCAGUAUAUGCUAUUGUUUUCAGCGACUCCAUCAAGGUAGGUUUUUUAGCAUCGAUACAGUACAAACGGCUGUGUAUGUCACUUGUUUUUGAAUAGUAUUAAGUGGGUCUUCAGACUUCUCGUAAGUGAUAGUCUAAUUGAUAAGGUUGAGGAGAAACCUUUAUAAAAUGGCGAUUUUUAUUUUUAUCGUUACAGUGAAUACCCCAACCUUAAUAAAAAUAACUUAUUGAUGCAACUGAUCGGAUUAUUAAAAAAGACGGCUGCCUAAAAUGAUGAUUUGAGCAGGUCUAGGCAGGAAACCUCAGAACAUGAUGUGACUGUUUAUUAUUCCUUUCUUUUUCGAUUGAGGAAAAUUAAUAAUAAUUUUAUUCGGUUCAUUAUGUUUGAAAAUUCAGAAAAAAACUCAUUAGGGAAUCGGGAAUCCUGCUUUACCGACUUCUCUCUGAAAACUAUUUGACUCACAGUUAAGUUUUUUACUGUUUACGAAAAGAGUUAGACUGCAAAACAGUCGUUUUUUUCUCAAAAUCAGUAAACAAAUCGGUAAAGCGUGGCGUAAGUCUCACGCGAGGGAAGCGCGGGCGUGUGAGGCGAGCGUCUUUCUCCAUUCUCGCUCUCUGUUUUCAGCCUCGUUCCAGACCUUUUGUUCGACUGCUCGCGCGUACUUGGAUACGCAAAAAUACGGAUGAUAGCUGCCUCCCCCCCCGAAAUUUCGCAUCCGUCGUUCGUAGUUAUAAUUUAAACAGCUGUUGCUCUUUUGUAUUUAAAUGGUUUAAUAGAUUUGCUUUGCUUGAUAAUUUUGAAACAAGAACAAAACAUAUGGACGAACAGGAGGAGUUUGAACAAUAUGAAGAACACAUCAAAUGGCUUGAAUUGGCCAAAGAAGACAUCGCUACCUGGAUAAGCUGUGUGCAGACAGAGGCACAGACAGACCAACAGCGAAAGGUUGAGAAGUACAAAAUAAACAUAUAUAAUCAUACAACAUAACAAAAUCAAUAAGUGUUCCUUUAAUGUACCGUAAAAUGGGCAACGAAGCCUUGCAACUUGUGAUCCAACUUUCCCGCAGAACGGUUCAAGUGAUGUCUCGCGUUUUACCACCCACGUUGAAACCUGUCUUGCAGCAAAUCAGGAUGUUCCAGGUUGUGCGACUUUGUUGGAGAAAGAAGAGAGUGGUUCUACUUUUUUAAACAAAAUGUUCGGUACAUGUUGCGCGUUUUACCGCUCCAAGGCAACCGUUAUUGCAGCAAGUGACGUAACUACCGUGUAUGGCGUAGCUCCCUCCCUUCCAAUCAGAAGUCAAUAUUCACGCAACUUACAGCAACCUAAUUUGUUGCAAAACAGGUUUGAACUGAUUGCCGUGGUAAAACGCGCAACAUCGCUUCUCCAGUCGUUUUACGACAAUUUUUUCGAAACAAGUUGCAGGUUUUUGAUGCCCAGUGGUUUACCAUUAGUUUCCGGUAUAUGCAAAGUCGUGACUAGCCUUUAUUAACAGACGCCCCUCCCCCUGAAAAAAUUUUUGGAGGGGAGGGGAGGGGACGUCUUGACACAGGCUAAGUAGUGACCUACCUACCGAUCUAUUUUCCCACAAAAAGCUCCCCACCCACCCACUCACCUACCUCCCGACCCACCCACCUACCUAACUACAUUCCACUGUACUAAGUGGCACUAUUUUCAUCGUAUUCAGAGGACGCAUCUUUUCUUGGUUCGUUUCUCCAACAUGCUUGGAAUGUCCUUGAACUGUACUGGUUGCGGUAUCACUUGGGACAAAGGAAAAGACUUCUGGGGUUGUCUUAAUUGCCCAAAUGUUAAUUUGUGCGGGAGCUGUAACCUGUGUGAGUAUUCAAAAAGUUAAAUCAAUUAUAUAUGCCGCUCACUGAGUGGCAAAUUUUCGCUAUUUUAUUAUAGCGCUGGAUUAGACCAUUUUCGAUGUAUUAAAAUUCAUACUUAGUUUCGAGGCUUGGGGGAAUAAAACAAAAGAGCACUAUUCAUUACUGAGCCUCAAGAUGAUUUCUUCUGUUUUAUUUCCCCAAACCUGGCAGCCAAGAAUGAAUUUUAAUAUAUCGGAAUUGGUCUAUUGUUCCUCAACACUGCGCCCUCUCAUUGGUCAUUUCGAGGUCACAUGACAUCUAACCUGUUCCCCGCAGAAAGCCUCUAACCGAGCAAACAAAAUUUGUGAUGUCCGAAUUGACCACUCUGUGCUUUCAUAAAGUUGUACACAAAGAAGUCUUUUUCCUCGCGAGCUACAUAAUACUAGUGGCAGGAAUCGGUUAAUUUUGUUUUCAGAAAAUGUCAAUGUUUCCCUGUUCUACGUUUUUCUGUUUUGUGUAAUUCAUUCCAAAGAAAUACACUGAGGCCACUGCUCACAGAAAUUGCGUAUAUUUUAUACAUGUAUACAGCAAGUUCAAAUUUAUAUUACAUGUAAUCUGCUUGAGCAAAUAAGAGAGAAAUGUAAGAGGGAAAAAAACAAAGUCUAGAAAAAUAACGUCAUCGUGACCAUAACCCCUGAUCAUUUAUCCAUGUUUUUGUUCCGCAGGUGGAGUAAACCCUGAUGGCCAUUCAGAAACUCACGAUACUGUUUAUCUAAGGUAAACAACUCUGCCUCGUUCCUAGUUCUAUGCAAAGGGAGCAGAGGAGGCUAGAGAUUCCAACCCUCCCGUUUUCGCUUGAUAUUCACCCGGUUUUUGAAACUCUUCCUAGCCAAAGAAAGAUGAUGUGUUCUUCGUUUAACCAGUCUUUUUUAGCACGAAUCUUUGCCGUUUUUCUGUGGUUUCUCAGCCAUUUCUACCCUUUUGGUAUCCAAGCAUGAUCCUGCGAUAACUUUGACCUCGGUAAUGCACUUAUGUGAUAGGGACCAAUUGGCCUCUACUGCUUGUUAAAAAUUCCACUAUUUUCAAUGGACUGUAAUCUCAGGAAAUGGCAUCUUAGGGGUAAAUAUCUUAAAAAUUUUGGAAUCUCUGCGCAAAAGCGAGGACGUUAUUCACAUCUUUGCACGUGCUUAAGGACGUGUAUAGAAAAUGCGUCUUUUCCAAACAAUCCAUGAAGAGUAACCUCUGGAUAAACAGCCGACGUCCUUUUUUAAGACGCUCCAAAGCUGUGGCCAUAGUUGAGAAAUCUAACAAAAAAUGUAUAAAAAUAAAUAACUCAGAACAUCUGUAUAUUUAGUGGUUACCCGUCUGGUAUAUUUUUGAUCGAAUUAAAUCUAAAUAUAUUGGUUUUUGAGGAGAGAGAUAACCUCUUGGAUAAUGGAAGAAACCCAACGACAAUCGAUCCAAAAUACGGUAUCAGGAUUCGAACCCAGGCUCAACUAAUUCCUAAACCACAGUUUAUUGAAUAGCUGGUUCAGUAUUUGGUGAACAUCAAUGUAAAAGAAAGGUAAAAUUCUUGAUUUUUCAGAGUCUGGUGUGAUGGAUGUGGUGGUUGUAUAGUUGGAACACGAUAUCAUUGCAGUGAGUGCAAGGAGAUGAAUCUGUGUACUGGAUGCCAUUUCUCUGGAAAGUUCCCGGAAAGGUAAAACCCUUCUAAAUUUUUUUUGGGUCGACCCCCAAAAAAUUUAUAAGGGUUUGUAUGGAGCAUAACUGGGCUACGAUCCUGACAAAUCCCAUAAUUUCAGAAAUUUCAUUUUUAUGACGUCAUCACUUUAGUACUCUAUUCUAGAGCUCUAAUUGGCUUAGGUAUAUGAGCCGUUACACCAUGCUCUCCAAAUAUGGUAACUGUACGCGUCUACUCAAAAUUUUUAAAAAAGCUACAAAUCGGUUGUUUUUUACAAAUAAAGUCGGGAAGAAUUCUCGAUAUUUUGUAGGCUUUUGCGAUAAAACAAUUAUUCCACUCGCGCUUGUUGGAUAUGAGAUGAUUAUGGCUAUCUACCAUCUUUUAUCCAACGCGAACUUAAUUGUUAAUUAUACCGAGGACUUCAUUACAUAGGGGUUCGUUUUAUGGAAGCUUCCGCUGUAACCAGGGUUUGCCCCAAGUAAGCUUUCACUCGCCCCAUGUAAGGGCACUCAAGAUAGUCUUGGAUUCUGGAUUCCAGGCACUGGAAUCCGGAUUGUUUGUCAGUGGAACUUGGAUUCUGGAUUCCAAUCGUCAUCAGGAUUCCGGAUUCCUUGAGCUGUAUCCCGGAAUCCAAAGCCCAGGAUUCCGGAUUCCACAAACACAAAUUUCCCGGAUUCCGGAAUCCCUUAAUUACAUGAGGCGAUCGCAGUCAACGAAGCAACCUUCUCAAGCAGAAGCGAAAGCAAAGGGAAGGGAAAGAAAGGAAAAGUUGGGUUUUCUCAUUGUCUUGCUUAGCGCGUCACUCUACAAUCAUGACAUUGAACUAACCCGUUUGAUGUUGUUUUUCCUAGGCAUAUUGUUACUCAUAACGUGACGAAAUAUUCUGUUUUAGUAGCAGGUAAUAAUCGUUAUGGAAACAUUAUAAAUAUUGUUUUAUUAAGAUUCAGACAGCUAAGUUAAAAGUAGCCUGCAUGACAGGCGUUAAACUAAAAAGGUGGAAGGGGGAGGGGAAGGGGAGAGAGCGCAAGGAGCGCGCCCCAUUAUAAGCCAUAUUCGAAUAAUACACAGUCUUUUUUCUUGGUCCGUCGAGUAAAACGCACGAGACACGAAAAUGACCACACGCGUGGCUGAAGGCGCGAGAUGGAAAAGGAACGACCGCGCGCGUGCACUCCCCUCACUAAAUCUGAAGAAAAAGAGAGACUGCUCGUGGUCUAUUCGAAUAAGGUUAGUCUUCAUAAAUGACACAAGAACUUUAAAAAGCAGAUGGAUUUUCUGUUCCUUCAGGAACGAAGAACACCGACGAACAACAAGAGCUACAACAUUACGAAGAAAACAUGAAAUGGGUUGAGGACGCCAAAAAGGAUUUUAACGCCUGGCGCAGUGGAGUGUGGAAGAAAGUUGUGACAAACCAUCACUUACGGGUUAGCUGCUUUUAUUCCCUUCUGUAACUCUACUUGAACAACAAGAAACGGAUAACUCCCUUAUCUAAGACCUGGUUCAGAAGUCCAAAGAAGUUAGCUAGAACUGAGCGUGCAGAGAAAAACUUGACAAAGCCAUGUCUACUUAUUCAGCGGCUGAAGAUGAUAAGCUAAAAGUAAUAACACAGUUUGAGGCGAAAAACGCGUAAAAUGCCCGCCCACAACAAUAAAAAUUUGCAGCAAGCAAAUGCAAUGGAUAGCUAGCUUUUGCGCAGCAGAAUAAACAGAAAUUCCGGCGAGUCACCAAGCUAGCUUGGCUCAUACAGACUUUAAAUUAAUCUCACUUCUUUUUAUGUGACUGAUGAAUCAUGGAAACAAUAAUCGAGGUUAGGUUUGUUUGUUUUCGUUCCUUUCCGACAGAGAGUGUUACUGUUUUUGGCGCGGUUCUCUCAUGUCAUCGGCGGCACCAAAAUCUGCGACGGAUGUGGAACGGACCUUGUGAAAGGCACCAGACAAUUUUUCUGUCUUACCUGCUUGAAAGUUAUUUUGUGCAACUCCUGUCACGAAUGUGAGUGUUUGUAAAUGUAGCGAAACAAAAUUUUAAGUUAGUAGUGAGAAAAGCCCUAAAAGUUAAACUGAAAAUGUAGUGAUGAUGGUGACUGACGAAACUCAGCAAGCUGAGUUGAAUAGUUUUCCUUUGCCAGUCAAAUAUUUAAGCUCAGUCAGCUUCAUAACUGCAAUCCUCUCUCUGACCCAAUUACAAUGUAUGACACGAGACAAACUAACCAAACACUUGACAUCGUAAAACGCCAUGGUAUGCAUUGGUCAAGAGGCUAAUCGGGGAAGUUCAUUCCCGAACCAUUUUCUCCUACACACAGGACUUAUUUAUUUUCGAGAUGUACAUAUUUCCUUCAAAACUAACCUGGUGGCGCAUAACUAGCCUGCAAACACAGAUGUAUUUCCAGUCGUCGCUUCUCUCCAGCGACGUCUGGAAAUACGUCUGUGUUCGCAGGCUAAGGGAUACCUGGUUGAGGUUAUUUUGCUAGCCUGCGUCGAAAACAAUCUAAACCUUCUGACGGACUAUACAAACGGUUUAGACGAUGCGUGGACCGGCUGCAACGCAGGCUAUAUUUUUCUUAUUCUCUGAAUUUUUUUCUUGCUCAACAGCUGGAGAGAAACCUGAACGCCACUUAAAAACUCAUGAUAUUCUAGGAAUGAGGUGGGUCAGGAAAACAGCCAACCUGUGGCCGAAUGUGAUGCAAGAACAGUUGCGGAUCCAGGCCUUUACAUAAGGGGGGGGUCAUCCAGACCCUGAGAUAAGGGGGGACCCGGUCUUAGUUUGGUCUAAAAAUAGAGGGGGUGUGGACCCACCGGGCCCCUCCUCUGGAUCCGCCACUGAAGAAUGUCCCAGAUAUAACGACAGGGAGUUGUUUAGAAACUCACAAUACAGUCUAUGCAUUCAGUUUUAUCAGGGCUGCUAACAGCCAGUCACAGAUUAAUCUCCUCCGCAGCCGUUCUUUGUGUCGUUAGGCAACGCUCGCGUAGGAGACAAUUCACAGAUUUUGAAAACAUUUCGUAAUAGUCAUGACUGAUAAGUACGAAUGAUUCACGGAAUCUCGCGUUUUCACAUUGCUUUCCUAUAAACAAACGUAAUUUUAGUUUACCUUUUUUCAGAUUUUUGUGUGAAAGCUGCGAUAGCUACAUCGUUGGAGCACGGUAUCACUGCGGCGAGUGCAAGAAUGGGGUUGAUCUUUGCACCGGAUGUUAUUCAUCUGGCAAGUUUCCGAAAGGGUAAAUAGGAAUAUUUUUGUAUCAGAAGGAUAUUGCAUUUUUUAAAGCCAGUGGUCAAGCCUGGCAGGAGCGGUACCUGCCCCUUCCCACUUAUUAUUAUUUUUACCACACUUAAUAUAAUAUCGCAUGAACUCUACAAUAUAAUAUUGCGGUAUGAGCCCUUCGAGAUGACAUGAGUAAGUAUUGAGGGGUAUGGCAAUAAUGAGCACCGUGACGUCAUUCAAAAUGGCCGCCAUCUCGGCUAUUACCAUAAAUUCAGCGUUUCCUAUACUUCUUUUCAUUCUAGGCACACUGCAAAUCACGAAAUGACGAAAUUCCCCCCUGAGACAGGUAAAGAAAUAUACAAGAAAAUAUGGGUAAUAAUAUUAAUCAGUGUCAUUGGUUCAUGGAUUUAAAAAUAUUUUUUUCUUAUGAUAACCUAAGGGCUUUGCAACAGAAAUUGUUCCAGAGAAGGAUCACAGGCACAAUACAUCGCCCCAUUAAUGAAUUAAGCUAUUUUGUUAUUGCUGUUUUAUUAUGAGAUAGUUCAUAUGUUCCUCUUCUACCGUGCUUUGAUGAAGUGUACUAAAAAUAACUGCAGAAAUCGUUUGAACACCCACAGCCUCCCCAAACCCAAACAUCCGUUCCUAAUCAAGACUGAUCAAAAUCCACCCAACAAUUUAACAUCAUAGUUGGCUAUUAUGGCGUACCUCUCUACUUUGUCUCACACUGCAUGUUUAUGAUGAGCACGGCUUUGCAAAAAUUUUUAAGGUAAUAUGUUUCCUUCACUACACAAAACUAAGGGUACAUUAAAUUAUCUUCCUUUGUUAACAUUAACACUGGCUUCGUUUAUAGGUGUUUCUUAAUGCUUUGAAUUUUUUAUUUCCUUUUUUUGCGCAGCAAGUGAAGUGAACGCUAAAUUCCACUCGGAAGCUCACGAUGCUAUAAAAACGAGGUAG